AUGAAGAACCAAAAAAUGUCAAAGGCUGCAAGCAUAGCACAAAGGAGGCGUUUACAAGGUGUGAGUUUUGCAACAAAACUAUCACCAGGAACCCACCGAAUUGCAGAAAUAUCUGAUUUGCACAAAUGCAAGAGUGUCAGGCUCAUUGGUCACCCACUUAAGCCUGAGCUAGCUGGCUUAAUUGAGAAGACACUGCAAGAAGCUGAUGUUUCUGGUACAGAAGAAGGAGCACAGAGGACAGAAGAAGACUUUAGCUGUCUUAAAGAGGUCAAGAAGAAAGUGUGUGACAAAAAGGAUAAGGAUGGUGGUCAUGAGCAAGAUGAAUCGAUUAAAGUGGACAUCAGUGAAAAACCGGUCAGGAAACACAAACCUAAGAACCAGUAUUCCUGUAAAGCAAAGACAGAAACUGAAAUGGAAGAAGUUCUCCUAGAAAUAAAGAAAGACUUGUCGUCAUUUGUGGAGAUUGAUCUAAGAGAUAAAGUUGAAGAGAAAACUGAAGACAUCUUGACAGAGGACAAGCAGCAUGAAAAGGAAGAGGAAUCUCCUGAAACUCUGCCCCAAAGCAGCUGGCUGUGCUGUUUUCCCAUCUGGAUGAAGCAGAAGAAGCGAAAGGAAAAACAGGAGUAGCCACAAAAUGGACUCUCCAGAUCUUUAGAAUAUGAAGCCCAGCAUGGAAUGGUCAACUGAAGAAUAAGCAUUGAAUAAACUCAAAUUCAG